ACUCUCUCCCCUGUUUUGAUAGCAUAAGGCACCUGAGCUUUAGGUGAGGUCGGGAAAAUGAUUGGCUUGGAAGCCACCGGGCCCUCAGUUCUCCCUCUUUACGCACACACACACGGUUCCGAUACCAUGAAUGACAGGGUAGUUUUUUUAGACUACUAUCUCUGUUGCUUAGGCUGGCACAAUCAUCACUCCUUUUCUUCUUUACAUUCUUCUUCCAUUCGCCUUAUCGCCCUGCCCUUUUUCUGUUUUUCGCGAGAAGGCAGUAUCGCUUUCUCUUUCUCUUUUACAUCUCUCACUUUUUUGUUUUGCUACUACUGCCUUAUCGCCUUCCACAGCAAACCUUAUCUUCUUUCCACACAAUCUUACCUUUAGCCUCCUAUGCAGACUUCGGCGGCUCCAGACGUCAAGCACCCUCUGCCACUUGCAAAAAGCACCUUGUCAGUGGCAGCUCAGCAUCGUCGACCUAGUCUAGGGUAUCUCUUUGCCCCUUUGAACGUAAAGAACACCGAGACUUCGUCCACGCCGAGCACCAACCGGCUUAUUCUCGACUAUCUACUAUUCAUUUCCAUUCAAUCGCGGCUCCGCCAAGCCGAUAUUGGUCUUAAUACACAAGAGGAUGAAGACUCUAUCAAGCGAUGGACCGAUGCAGGCAUCCGAGCCAAUAAAGACCAUAUUGCAGUAGAGUCCAUCAUACACGGUGUCAAGUCCACCUCACAAUCCAAAAUCCCUCUUCAAUUCGAUGGCGACCUUAAGCAACGCAUUUACCUAUGUCAAUUGACUAAUUUUGUUUUUGGCCGAUUCGAUUCCAGUAUCGUACCUACCACCAAACAACGAAAACAUCCAGAGCCAUGGUCGCAAGCUGACCAGUCACCACCCUCUGACUUAAUGAACAAGCGACAACACAUGUUUGCUGCGCCUAUUGCUCCCAUGUUCUGCAGACGUCACAGAAAGCAACCAUGUAUGUCCUGUCGCUCCAAGAUGGCUCCACAACCACAAAAACUUGAAGGUCGCGCUGGCACGAUUAUUGCUUCAGGAGACCGAACUUCGCGUCGUCGAAUGACCCUGGCUAGCCCUCCAUCCGCUGGCCUAAUUGACGCUAUCCCAUCUUUCCUCAAGACAAGCGCCAGCAUGUUACGAAGAACGUUGGAUCGCUCAGAAGAAAGUGCUGAACCAUUGGUGGUCGCUGGCGAAAAGGUUAUUGGCGGAGGCAUGCCGGCCACCUGGUACGACCUCUUUUUAGAACUCCUCACUCAAGCUGCUAUCGAAUCGUAUCUCUGCGAUGGAGGACAUGGCUUGGAAUUUAUUUUCGAGAUCUUUUCAUAUGGAGAUGUGGAUGAAGAUGGUAAUGACGAUGAUGAUGACGACGAUGAAGAUGCUGACGAUGAAGAUGACGAAGAAGAUUGGCUAUCUGUCAAGGCUGCCGAUCACCACUUGUUAUUUCCAAAGACUCGGACCAUUUAUUUGUUUGCAAAGAAAUUGCGAGAGCGCGAGCAAGAGUUCCUGGAUGUCAAGGAUGAUUUGCGUUCUCACUUUGAACAACUGGCUCAGAAAUAUAAUCUAGAGGCUUUCGAACAUAAAAUGCGUUCAUUCAUUGAGAUUGCCCAUCAAUCCAUGGACCAACCCGCCAUGAAUAAGUAUGAGCGAACUGAAGCCAUUGAACCUAUGAAGCGAUCUACCAACCUACCAAGGACCUCUCCCAACAUGCCAGUAGCUAGCCUACAGGCGUCCACCGUUGCCCCUUCUCUUUUGGAAUUCCCUAGUGAUGGCUCGUUAUUGAUGCCAGAAGUGCCAGACUCGGAUGAAGAAGACGAUGAACAAGCUGUUGACGACGAAGAUCAGCUAGAGUCAGCUAAACCCAAGAAACGAAAGAGAGCUAUGUCCAACCUGACACCGACUGCUAAGCGAACUCGUCGAACUCGCAACUCCAUUGACUCUCCAACAAAGAUACCCCGCAAACGCUGACCUCCCAGACAACGAAAACACCCUCACAGUGAAAACACGAAACUGAUCCAUUUGGACUUUUUUGCCCAAUUAUAUCGCGUGUUGCAUAUACCCCCAAUGUAUCCAAUCCCUCCCCUUUGCCUGUUACAAAAUUAUCUCUUUUCUCUCAUAGUCCAAAACCCUCUCCCUCCCUCCUCUUUAGCUAGCAUGUUACAGAUCGACCUAAAUACACAGUCUCUCUUGUUUUUUUUCCCAUUCAUAUUAAAGAAAAUAGUAUUUACGUCACGCGCCUA